AGACAGCACAGGCGGUGGCGCCGCGAAGUCCUCGUCAAACGGACAGUCGGUCCGACGCAGAUACGGUGGAUGAAUUAGCGGGAUGUGUCUGAGAGAGAGAGAGAGAGAGAGAAUUGUUCGACGGUCCAACAGACACGAGCGGCGCACGGCCGGGAAACCUCCGUGCACGCGCCGGUCGCACGCGGUGGUGAUGACCACAUGUUCCUCCGCAGGCGCAGGCGUGCUUUCCAUUCCAUUCCAUCCCGUACGCGUUUUGGGGAAGAAAUUCCCUCCAGACGGUUCCUUUUCCCUCCAUCAGACGUCGUGCGGCAGAAUGGACGGCGGUCAACGUCCGGUGUGGACUUGGUUGGUUUUGGGGGAGGGGGGAAGGAUCUUCGCAAUAUGGAUGCCUGCAUCGAUGGCAUCGCACUGGGAUUCGUGGCGUCUUUCAAACUCAGAGCCAGCCUGGGGUGCAGGCAGACGAGAUCCCGCAUGCAGCAGAGGGGCGUUCGGAAGCGCGGACGGGCGGCGGCGUUCAUGCGGCAGGCAAGGCAGCCCUAUGGAUUGGGUGAGGCUCGAUGGGGCAGCAGGCCGUCCGAGCAUAGGGCUCCUACGGUGAUGACUAGGGAAGGGAAGCAGGAAGGACAAGGGUGUCAUGCUCAGACCACCCGUUGCAAGGCCCGAUGCCUAUGUGUCAAGGCGAGGCAAGGCACCAAGAUUGUGAGGGUGGGACAGAGAAAGGUAGAGAGAGUGAGAUCGGGAGUGGAAGGAUGAAGGAUAAAGCGAAACUGACCAGCGCAGCUGAGUCGGAUCGGAUUGUCAAUUCGUUCAAUGGUAGUAAUAAUAAUCGCCAGCUAGCUAGCUAAGAAGCAGAAGCGACUUCUUCGUAAAGGGUAUCAUGAUCCUGAUAAACGUCCUCCCAUAAGAACAUGCCAUCAAGGCACUGCUCGUUGCCCAGACAGAAAAGAGACACCAAGGUCUCGAUGAUUAGAAGAUGAAGGAAGCAAAAUGCUAAAGCAAAGGCUCUCAAGCCGAUUCCUCCGACUUGAUUAGAGCGGGGGGCGACGAGGCAGGUGGUAUAACAACAGCGACAAC